AUGGUCAUUGUGGAGCCCCAGUCUCUGCUUGAGCGGGCCGUGCUAACUCGUCCCAUUCCAGAAAACGCUCGUAAACUCGCACAUCUCGUCGAAGUGAAUGAGCGGCGAAUUGAAGUUGGGGAUCAUAACGUAUUCUACCGUGAAGCGUUGCCUCCAGACAGUCAUUAUGCCAAAGCGGUCAUCGUGUUCCUUCACGGGCAAUCCUAUUCCUCUUCAACAUGGACCGAUCGAGGAUCUCUAAGCACAUUUGCUGCUCUUGGAUACCACUGUAUAGCACCAGAUUUACCAGGAUCUGGACAGGUGUGUUUUACUUAG